AUAAAAGGUACGUAAAACUGUAGCUAGACAGUGUUUGUGUCCAUGUAAACAUAAAUAUAUGCAACAUGUUUUCAAGUUCUUGGUGGUUACCAUAUUUCUAACGUUUUUAGCAUGUUGAAAUGACCUGAGACAUGACGACACCUAGAAGACAGUUUUCCAGAUCGUUGGCAAACAACAGGUGGGUGAAGGUGUGGAGAAGAUGGCAGAGGAAGGAUGUGAUUAUCGUGAACGAGAACCACCGGCGCUACAGGGCACUGGAAUGCAUCAGGGAAGGAAUCAAAGACAUGUUUGAGAAACAUCCAGAACUAGGUGUCAAGGAUAACUUGACGGAAGAAGAUUUUUGCCAUAUACACAGUAAAACAAUCAAGACUAGUCAAGGAAAGAAAUUCAAGUUUCGGAGCUAUGCCAGUUCCGUGUUUGCGUGCAUCAGGAGAGCAGUGUCGGUCUCAGACCACACCUUUUUGUCGUCAGUAGCUCCAGAUGACCUGGAGUAUAUGGAGUUUGUAAGCAACUCCAGAAGUGGGCAGGAUUUCUUCCUCAGUCAUGAUCAGCAGUUCAUCCUGAAAACAGACAAGAAGUACUACUUGGAAUUUUUCAUGUCCAUUCUUGGAGACUAUCUAAUGCAUUUCCAGAACUACCCUCAUUCUCUGAUUGUCAAAUUCUUAGGACUCUUUUCUGUGAAUGUGUCUGGUCAACCCAAGAUGUAUUUUCUGGUGAUGCAAAAUGUAUUUUUCCCUGUUGAGAGAAUUGAAUCCAGAUUUGAUUUAAAGGGUUGUCUUGGUGGAAGAUAUCAAAAACCCUACCCAGAGGAGAAAGGAGUUUUGCAUGUUUUAAAGGAUCAGAAUUUUUACAAUGAUAGCAUUGACCUAGGAAAUCAGCGGGACUGGUUCCUACGACAACUACGCCAUGACGUGAGUUUCCUGCGAGAUCUGGGUGUACAAGACUACAGUCUUCUUCUGGGUCGCCACGAACUCCACAAAGACGACCAACAGAAGACAUUUGUAGACCUUGUGGACAGAAUGAGAAAGUCAUACGCUAAACGCAAAUCAUCGUCCAUAUUGGACAAGGCUCGUGUGCUUAGUAAUCAAGUUCACCAUGCAGACGUCAUAGAAGAGGAAGAAGGAGAACCCCCAACGCAAACUCAGGAAGAGGCUGGAGAUAAAGGAUUCACCGCCAGUAAACGCUGCUCAACCUUCACCAGCUUAGGAAGUCUCUUGGGUUCAACUUCCACCAAACUGGAAGAUUCGGCCAAUAGGAGGUUGCUUCUUUCAGAGUGCAAGAACCCGUUGCAUGUCAUCGACGGAACUCAUUCAAGAUAUUAUAUGGGCAUCAUCGAUUUCUUUACGCAAUACGAGUGCAAACAACAGGUUGCUCGUGUCCUGAAAGUCUGCAAGAACUGUACGAGUGACCAUUCCACUGUGCCACCCGAUAUCUACGCAGAGCGAUUUCUGAGGUUUAUUGAGGAGAGAACAUUAUAGAUUUAACACAAGUGUUAUGUAAUAGUUUACUCACUUUUGAAAUUAUUGUCUGUUAGUUAGUGAAGAAAAUUUUGCUAACACCAGUAUUUUUUAGACCACCAUGUUUGAGAGAUAUUCUUAUUUUUAAACCUUGCGUACAUAAUGUAAUCCAACUUUUAUUUGAGUGUGAGAAAUUUUCACAAUUAAGGUACGCAAGAGCCUUUAAAAUUUUUUUUUGCAAAUAUAUCUUUUCCAAAGCCAGUCCUUAAAUGUUCAUUAACAACUUUCUGAUUUAAUCUUUGCUUUCAAAAAAUUCAACGUUUAAUAUUUAGCAACUUGCUAAUGCAUCAUUUAUAUCUAGUGCAGGUACAUGUAUUUGGAACCCGAGUGGGGUUUCUUUGCUGAACUUACUGUUGAAGAACCCGAGUGUUUUUUAAUUCAACUUUUCAAUUUUUUGAAGAAAAUUAUUUAAAAAAAAUUUAUUUCUGUAAUUUUACCAGUAUACUCAUUGUUUUGUGAUAUCAGUAAUGCUACUGACAUGUAUUUUAGUGCUAAGAUUUUUACACUUGCGCUGUAAAUAAAUCAUUUUAAAUAGGUAUGCA